AUGGCUCGGACUCGGUCGUCGUUGUUCGUGGCGCUGCUGGUGCUCUCGCUCGUGUGCACCUCGGCGACCGUCUCUGCCUCGACGACUCGACCUCACCAACACAGGCCGUACACGCGCACCAAACGAGCCCAGGCGAAGCGCGAGUACGACUCGCACGCCUACUACGUCGUGCAACUCGACCCGAACUCGCCGACGGGGCCCCACGACGUCGCGCGAGAACUCGGCGCCGAACACGUCGAGCAGGUCGGCGAACUGCGCGAUCACUAUCUGAUACGCGCACCCCACCACAUCGUCGACAAGGGAGAGCCCCAGUGGACACCCGUUCGACCAAGCCAAGAGCAGAGCGAAACAACGACGGCGACAUGGCCGCCGAGAACGCCGUUCUUGUCCCACAUGCUCGCCAAGCGGCAUCCGACCGAAAGGGACGCGGUCCUCGAACGCUUCGACCUCAUCAAGAGGGGGCUCCACCCCAUACAACGGAAGCAACUCACCCGAGCUCUGAGGAGCCACAUCGUCUCGCUCGAGCGACAAUCGUUGCGACUGCGCGUCAAGCGCGAUCAUCCCGUCCUGCCCCCCUCCUCGUCGUUCCCGUUCCUGACCCGCACCAAACGAUCGCUCGUGCGACUCGUACCGCGGCAGGACGACGAUGGCGACAACGACGACUCGGACGGCCCCAAGAACAAGGCCCAGGGAUUGAUGGCACAGGUCGCGAGCAAGUUUGGCAUCCUAGACCCGCUGUGGCCCAAACAGUGGCAUCUCUUCAACGACAAGAUCCAGGAACACUCCAUCAACGUCGCCGGCGUAUGGGAGCAGGGCAUCACCGGCAAAGGCGUCAAUGUCGCCAUCGUGGAUGAUGGGCUCGACUUUGAAUCGGAUGACUUGGCGGGCAACUUUGUGAGUGCACCUCACCCACAUCGGUGAGAACAGCCGAUAGAUCCUGACAGGCGUGCCCCCAAUCUCCUACCAGUUCGCCGAAGGAUCCUGGGACUACAAUGCCCACACGGCGCUUCCCAAGCCUCAACUCGACGACGACCAGCACGGGACACGAUGUGCUGGCGAAGUCGCGGCCGUCAAGAACGACGUCUGUGGUGUCGGAGUCGCGUACGGGUCCGGCAUCGCCGGGAUCCGCAUCCUCUCGUCGCUCAUCUCGGACGCCGACGAAGCCGCCUCGCUCAACUAUGGGUUCCAAUCGAACGACAUUUACUCGUGCUCGUGGGGACCCCCGAUGAUGGUCGUUCCAUGGACGCGCCCUCGAAUCUCAUUACCAAAGCCAUGCUCAAUGGCGUGCAGAACGGUCGCAACGGCAAAGGCUCGAUCUUUGUCUUUGCCAGUGGCAACGGUGGUGGAUCCGAUGAUCAGUGCAACUUUGAUGGGUACACCAACUCGUUGAUGUCGAUUACGGUCGGGGCCAUCGACAGGAAGGGCUUGCACCCUUUCUACUCUGAGGCUUGUGCAGCUGUCAUGGUCGUAACGUAUAGUUCCGGAAGUGGUGACAACAUCGUGAGUAGCGAUUCGAGUGCCUUGUAGCUAGACUUAUUUUGACACUUUGAUUGUCAUCACAGCACACCACCGACGUGGGCAAGAACAAGUGCACGGACCGACACGGAGGCACCUCGGCCGCGGCUCCCAUCGCCGCCGGCAUCUUUGCGCUCGCGCUCGAGGUCCGCCCCGAAUUGACCUGGCGCGACAUGCAGCACCUCUGCGUCCAAACCGCGGUGCAGAUCAACCCGCAAGACCCGGAUUGGCAAAUGACGGCUACGGGUCGCUACUUCAACCACAAGUACGGGUUCGGUAAACUCGAUGCGUACGCGCUCGUCGAAAGGGCCAAGACGAUCCCUCUCGCCAAGCCUCAAGCUUGGUGGGCGUCGCCCGAAGCUUCGGUCGGAGCGAUACGCAUCACGCCUCAAGGUAUCGUCUCCAACAUCGAUGUGACGCGGGGCGAUUUGAAGCAACACAAUUAUGAGAAAACCGAACACGUCACCGUGACCGUGCAUGUCGAGCACACCAAACGAGGCAACGUCGAGAUCGAGUUGACGAGCCCCAAGGGGAUGAAGAGCGUUCUUGCCAGGCCGCGACGCUUCGAUGAUGCGCAGACCGGAUACCCCGGUUGGGUGUUCAUGUCGGUCAAGCAUUGGGACGAGGACCCGGUAGGUACUUGGACCAUCAGGGUUCGGGACCGUCAGGACGAUGCGGCGAACCAGAAUGGAACGUUCCAUUCUUGGUCGAUGAGGUUGUGGGGGUCGUCGAUCGACGCUUCGAUCGCGGAACCUUAUCGAUUACCUGGCGAACACCACUACGAUGGAUAUCCCAGUGAGCCUGGAGAUGAGGCAGAACAGAAUCAGACGACCACGGCCGCGGCUACGACCGCUGCCGUAGCACCCAAACCGACGCCUAUUCCUACGACGGCGUUGACCGAAGCCGAAUUGGAACCCACCAAAGCGUACGCUAAACCGACCGACCACCUCCCCGAAGAUCAUGCCGAAGCAACGGGGGAAGCCCAUUUGCCCUUUGGCGACUACGACACUCCCGAACCGACGUCCCCGCCUGCCAACUCUGACGAUAAAGAGGGAAGCUGGACGAGUGGGAACACGCUCUACGACGAGACGCCGGGUUAUCUGGCGGGGAUGAGGAACCUCGUAGGUUCGACGACCUGGCUCUUUGUCGCCGUAGGCACGAUCAUCGUCUUCGUCGCAGGUGUGACAGCGUUCUUCUGGAUGAGGAGGGCAGGAAGGGGUCGCACAGGCGGGUUGAUCUCCCGCGCGAGGGGAUACGAUUUCGCUCCGAUGAAUGACGAGGACGACGAUGUGCCCAUGUCCGCUAUGGAGCGAGGGAGGGUGAGAGUCGGGAGUGGGGGUGGGGGUGGUGGAAGCGCGAGAACGAAGGAGUUGUUCAAUGCGUUCGCGCUGGAUUCGGAUGAGGAAGACGAGGAUGAGAGGGAAGGCGACGAUGAGGGUCGUCAUGAGGAGAGCAAGCGAAUCAUUAGGGGUGAUCUGGCGGGGGAAAGGUAUCAUGAUGAAGAGGAUGACGAAGAGCCGGAGGAGCGGGAGAACAAUGAAAAGGAUUCGUCUAGGACACGGUCCAGAGCUUCGGUCGAGAGGGAGGCGAGGGAACAGUUUAGUGAUUAG